AUGCCGCUCGACACCUCGACAACAUAUCCCCUGACACGACUACGCCUUGAUGGCCGCCGCUGGAACGAACUCCGUCUGCUCCAAGCCCAGAUCUCAACCAACCCCGCUAGCUCCGGCUCUUCAUAUCUGUCCAUGGGCAACACGUCAAUCAUGUGCUCUGUCCACGGCCCUGCUGAGGGUCGCCGAGGAGAUGGUGGAGGCGGAGCUGCAGGAAGUGGCCACGCGGUUGUGGAGGUAGAUGUCAACGUCGCUGGGUUUGCGGGUGUAGAUCGUAAGCGGAGAGCCGGCGGAAGUGACAGACAAUCAUCGCGAAUCGCUACAACCCUCCGCUCAGCCUUCCAGUCUCACCUCCACACCUAUCUCUAUCCCCACAGCACAAUAAGCAUCCAUGUCUCUGUUCUCUCUGCCGACGGCUCAUUACUCGCCGCGGCGAUCAACGCCUGUACCCUAGCGCUGGUAGACGCCGGAAUCCCCAUGCCAGGACUACUCUGUGGCUGUACUGCCGGUAUGAGCGGUAGCGCCUCUACACCGCGUGACCCACGACACGAUGAGCUCGACCCGCUGCUGGAUCUGUCGCUUCCAGAAGAACAGGAAUUGCCUUCGCUGACUGUCGCGACGACGACAGCAGUGCCCGUUGGCGAGAACAAUAUGGAUGAGGAUGAAGAGGCGAUGAAGGUUGUUUUCGAAGAUCCCCCACAGUCGAUCAUGGAUAUGCACGGGAUGACCAUGUCAGCCACGUCGACAGCCUCGGCUGCUAUGGCCAGCAGCACCGGAAUGGACAUGAGUGGAAUGGGCAUGGGAAAUGACUGCAAAAUCUCGGUUCGUCUAAUACCGCCAGAUUCACUCCUCUAUAUCUUCAAACUUGCUCACACUCAUGAUCAGAUGCUUUGGAACUGGUACACAGUUGACGCAUGCUUCCUCGCCGAAUCAUGGCACGUGAAGUCGCGUGGCAUGUUCGCCGGCUCAUGCAUCGGAGUGAUCUGUCUCGUACUAAGCCUUGAACUCCUCCGCCGUCUGGGCCGAGAAUACGACACAUUUAUUGUGCGCCGAGCCCGUCUUCGAAGACUCUACAUGUCGGGCUCUUCCACCGCGCAGUCAAUUUCCAACGUUCCACUGCGAAGCGAAGAAGGAGACAUCACUAAGCUACCCGGCAACUGCUGUGAUGACAAUGCAGACCCGGACGCUGCGUUCUCUGGCGCAGAAGACAAUGUCAUCACUCCUGUGUCGGGGUCUUCACAGAAAAGAGAUUCAAAGAGGCAGGAUUCUGUUAUUGCUGCUGCACCGGCUAAUACCAUGCGGGAUGUCCAGCGCAUCGAGAGACAAGAGGCUAUGCUUGCCCCGUAUCGUCCGUCGCUUGUUGAGCAUACUGUGCGCUCUCUGAUGCAUAUGGCGCAGUUUGCUGUUGCGUACAUCGUCAUGCUACUUGCCAUGUACUUCAAUGGGUACAUCAUCAUCUGUAUCUUCAUCGGUGCUUUCCUGGGCGCUUUCAUCUUCUCCUGGGAGCCGGUGAACUUGAAUCAGGAGUAA